AUGUCUCUGUCCUUGGCACAAAACAAUUUAAAUGCGCCGCAAUACAUGUACAAAGAAGUCGAGAACACGCAGAAGUCGAGUUCCGUCUUGAAUGCAAUUUUGGAGUCAUCUUCCACAUCGACGACAUGUCAGAGUCAUUCUCUUGUUGCUAGGACGCAUGAAGAAUAUCGUGACCGAGAUAUGAUCAAGGACCCGCCUAACGAGUGUUCAUCACUCUCGAAUCAAGGCACACCUGGGGUCAUCGCUCGUCUGAGAGCAGUGAAUAGCACACCGAACGCCAGUCAAUUUAUACACUCUUCUAGCGAUAACUCAACCGAUGACACGCUCAGCAGAGGUCACCAGCAAGUACAUUCAUCUUCACUGCCAUACAUGUACAAAGCAGUCGAGAACACGCAGAAGUCGAGUUCUGUCUUGAAUGUAAUUUCGGAGUCAUCGACAUUAGACACCGUGAUAGGGAAAAACGAUAGGUGGACGGAUAAGGAUGUCAGAGACACUGCGUUGCCUCUGUCCUCAACUACUACAAGGCCCAAGUUAUCAAUUCCUGGGCCGGACAUUCCACAGGAUGCAGCGACGUCUUCACAUUUUAUUACGACCUUAACGACUUCCAUGCGGACUUCGAGUUAUAUUGUCAAUAGUGAAUACGUUUGCCAACAGCUAGCCCGGACUUCCUCCUGUAAUGAUGGGCCGCUCGUCGACCAAUCGCAAACAACUACCCUCGUCCACCCGCUCUCGUCACCUGGAGAAAACAAUCCAAUUGCGGCACAGCCUUCGAUAGAUUCAUUCAAGAACACGCGGCAACUGAAUCCAGCCCCCAACAUUAUUAGUCCGAAUUCAUCGUUACCUGAAGGCGUAUAUACGACAGCUUACGAAUGCGAAGAACCCUGUGGUCGAGAUGAGGUUAGAGACCUGCCUGGUCGAAGCUCUUCUACGUCGAAACUCAAGGACGACAAAGGAGAAAUAUUGGUAGAUUGUACAUUCCAGGUUAUAGAGGAGACAAGAAACUACAGAUCCGACAUGACUGGUGCACGGGAAAAGGAGAGCCAGGUAUAUGACAAGGUCGCUGUGUUGAUCUCCUUACUGGACCCAGGGGACCUCCUUCAGGACACCGAUGUCUCAGCUAUGUCCAAGUACGCUUCGAGCAAUUACUCGACUGACAACAGCAAUGGAUACGCAUAUUUGGACAACUCUUCGCAACAAUCGAACAACCCUCCUGGCAUGAAGAGCGUACCGCCUGCAUCCCCUGUUUCAAUUAAGGAUGACUCCAAGGCAGUGGGAAUCAGUCACGUCGUCGAAAAAUCGGUUUCGAGCGAUGAUAACCAUUCUACACCAUGUGCUGAAGGAAUCCCAUGUGUAGAACCGCGAGAGAACGAUUACAUGAAGGCAGAACAAACAAUCGCAUCUGCGACUUCUCAUUCCAACAUCACUCAAACCUCGUGUCGGACGGAGAAUCAAGACGAUACUUCAUUUGCUGCUGGCACGAGAUGUCAUACGCGGGAGUCUUGCGACACUAGCUCAAAACCGUCAGAUGAUUGUGGGUUGAAGAAAAUUGCUGCAACUGAUUGCGGACGUGAAUGUUGCUCAACCGCGGACUUCUUACCAGUCGACUCAUGCUGUCCCGGACCCAAGGGACUUCCUUCAGAGCCUUGUGUCCUGCCGGACGCAGGAACCGAUCAUUUACAGUGCAACAAUGGAGAAUCAAGACAAUACUUCAUCUGCUGCUUGCACGAAGCGAUGUUAUACGCAGGAGUCUGUGUGACACUAGCUCAAAACCGUCAGACGAUUGUGGGGCAUGUACAGCUACCACGGCGCCCAAUGAUUGUCUCUCGACCAAUGAACAGUUGA